AUGGGGGUAAUAUCGCUUUACAAUGAAGAAGGAGAAUUUCUGAAGGGAGAUGAAAUCUUGCAUUUGUUCCCAGAGUGUGAAGACUGGAUGAGAGGCUUCCAAAGAUGCCUAAAGUUACCUCCCUCUCAUAAAGUAGAAGAUAAUCAUCCACAGAUUGUCAAUAAUAGAACUGGAUAUAGACUGGGUGAGAUGUCUGCGAGUUCUCAAAGUGGAAAACAUUUUGAAGAUAAAUCUUAUCUUUAUAUGCACAAGAAAAUUCACAAGGAUGAAAGGCCAUUUCCAUGUUCAGAAUAUGAGAAAGUUGUUAAUACAAAAGCAUAUAUUGUUGAAUAUCAGAGAAUUCACACAGGAGAGAAGCUGAUUCCAUGUCCAGAAUGCGGGAAGCGUUUUAAGAGUAAGAAUGAUAUUAUGAUACAUCUGAAAACUCACACAGGAGAAAAGACAAAUUGCUCCUCAGAAUGUGGAAAAACUUUUACUCAAAAAUCACAUCUUGUUCAACAUCUAAGAACUCACACAGGAGUGAAGCCAUAUUUAUGUACUGAAUGUGGUAAAUGUUUUAGUGAGAAAUCAAGUCUUAUUAAACAUCAGAAAACUCACACGGGAGAGAAGCCAUUUUCAUGUUCUGAAUGUGAGAAAUGUUUUAGUCAGAAAUCAAAUCUUACUGGACAUCAGAGAAUUCACACAAGAGAGAAGCCAUAUUCAUGUCCUGAAUGUGGGAAAUGUUUUUAUCGGAAAUCACAUCUUCAUAUACAUCAGAGAACUCACACAGGAGAGAAACCAUAUCCAUGUCCUAAAUGUGAGAAAUGGUUUGCUGAGAAAACUAGUUUUAAUAGACAUCAGAAAGCUCAUACAGGAGAGAAGCCAUUUUCAUGUCCUGAAUGUGGGGAGAGUUUUACUGACAAACCAAGACUUAUUAAACAUCAGAGAACUCAUACAGGAGAGAAGCCAUUUUCAUGUCCUGAAUGUGAGAAAUGUUUUAGUGAUAAAUCAAAUCUUGUUAAACAUCAGAGAAUUCACACAGGGGAGAAGCCAUAUUCAUGUGUUGAAUGUGGCAUAUGUUUUAGUCAAAAAUCAAGUAUUGUUAGACAUCAGAGAAUUCACACAAAAGAGAAGCCAUAUUAA